CGACAGCUGCAGACAAGAAUCAGACCGUUAUUCUCUUCACUCUUAUCUGUGAAACACUUCUUGUUUUCCUCAAAUACACUCUCUGGAAAUGUUAUUUAAUCCUACUGGCCUGACCGAAUGUUUACAAGAAUGGGAGGAUUUGGAAAAAGACUACCAGCAGAUUCAGGACACGCAUCGACAUUACAAACAUAAGCUGGAGGAAGUUUCGAAAUUGCAAGAAAGCUGUUCCUCCUCCAUUGCACGGCAGAGGAAAAAGUUAAAGGAUCUCUCAGAAUCCCUGGAGGAAUGCAAAGGGGCGGUGAAUCCAGAAGAUGUAAAUAAAAUAGACGACAUCCAAGAGUCUAUAAAAGAAAGACCAAAUGUCUUUUUUGAGAUGGAGGCCUUCUUGCCCAAGAAAAACGGGUUAUACCUCAGUCUUGUUCUAGGAAAUGUGAACGUCACAUUACUUAACAAGCAAUCCAAGUUUGCCUAUAAAGACGAGUAUGAGAAAUUCAAACUAUACUUGACCGUGCUGCUCUUGUUUUUUUCAUUCACCUGCCGGUUUUUGGUCAGCUACAGGGUUGUAGAUGCACUAUUCAACUUCCUGUUGGUGUGGUACUAUUGUACACUGACGAUAAGAGAAAGCAUCCUCAUUAAUAAUGGGUCUAAGAUCAAGGGCUGGUGGGUGUUUCAACACUAUGUUUCAACAUUUCUCUCUGGAGUAAUGCUGACCUGGCCUGAUGGCGAGCUGUAUCAGAUGUUCAGAAAUCAGUUCCUGUCUUACUCCAUGUAUAUAAAUUUUGUUCAGUUUUUCCAGUACUAUUACCAGAGUGGCUGCUUAUACAGACUUAGAGCUCUUGGAGAAAGACACAACAUGGACCUCACGGUUGAGGGGUUUCAGUCUUGGAUGUGGAGGGGUCUCACCUUUCUCCUGCCUUUCCUUUUCUUGGGCCAUUUUUUUCAGCUUUAUAAUGGGAUUACACUCUUCCAAAUGACUCAGCUUCCAGAAUGGAAAGAGUGGCAGGUUCUCAUGUGUGGCUCUACUUUUCUCGUUUUGUUCAUGGGAAACUUCUUCACCACUCUCGGUGUUGUUUACCACAAAUACAUGGAUCAGGACAAAGCCAAAGGUUUAUAGGCAACUGAACUCUUUACCAAGGCAAUUUAAGCUUUAUAUUAUUGAUUUUUAACAUGGUUAUAAAUGGGAUUAUUGUGCUAUUCAUGUCAUUCUCAUGACUCUCUGACUUAAAUGUUUCUCCUGUUUGUGGUUCAUCUUGACUAAAUGGUGGUUUUUAUAAACUUGUCUGAAGGCACAAGUGAAAGUCUUUUCUUUAAAUCUAAAAAAUAUAUAUUUAAUAUUUUGUUGUAAUAUUUAUUCAGUGAAUAAACAGUUUUUCUAUUAAAUUCA